AUGGCGUCGUGGAGUGCGACGAACCCCGCGGGGCUCAUUGCCGAGCACCUCAAGUCCCCCGAUGAUCUGUCCAAGAUCACGGCGCUGCGGCGCAAGCUGACGCGCGAGCAUGCUACGCUCUCUGCCAAGCUUAAAAUGGGUGCCAAAGACCAGCUGGAAGCGACGCGGGAAGGACUGCUGCAGCUGCAGUCGACGCGUCGCGAGACGGCCGGCAUCCACGAAGUCUUCUCGCAGAUCGAGUCCAUGUUCCAGGAUGCGCCGCACGACGGCUCGUCGAAAGAGACGCGCGGCGCGCACAGUUUCCGCACGAUCAGCGAGCUGUCGCAGGUCCGUCGCACGCUCGUGCAGACGACCGCGCUCUUGUCGAGGCUCGAGCAGCUGCCGAGCGACAUCCAGAUGCUCAGCCAGACGGUGCAGCAGUACCAGGCCGACUUGCUGGGCCCUGCGCCCGACCUCUUGUCGCUGCACUUUCACAUGGUGCAGUGGGAGCGUUUCCGGAACGAGACGCUGCACCUUGCCGCCGGCAGCAGCAGCGACGUUCAGCAGCGGCUUGUGCAGAUGCUUGCGCCGCUCGACACGCUCCUGGCUUCGUUCGGCACCUACCUCAUGCUGCUCUGUGCCAACAUUUUAAACCUGGUGCGCGUGCGGCAGCACGGCGUCGUGGUGCGCCUCAUCAAGAUCCUCGAGCGGGAGAACCGCGAGGACGAAAAAACGGCGGCGAUCCGCCUCGCGAAGCGCGCCAACAUUGAAGGCGCGGCGCGUUUCCGGAGCAUUGCGACCUACGGCCACACCAUCAAGCUCUACCGCCUAAAGCUCCAGGAAACGCUGCAGAUCACUACGCAGCGGCGCCUGCAAGCGAGCUGGGACGCAGCCGAGGAGCCGACGCCGCUGGGCCUGUACGAGCAGGUGCAGUGGAUCUACGACGACCUCGAUUUGGUGCGCACGACGGUCGUGCCCCUCUUCCCCGAGGACUACCAGAUCUACAAGACGUACGUGCAGACCUACCACAAAGCCCUCGGUGCAAUCCUCCAAGAAAAGGUCGUGAUCGAGGAUGCCGGCGCGAACGAUCUCUUGGAGCUGUACCACGUUGCGCAGCACCACCAAAACAAGCUCAUGGAACCUGCGAAAGCGAUCGACGAGGCGUGGCUGCAGCCUUCGCUGCUCGGCGGCCGCGAAGAAAACAUCAUGGGCGACUACCUGGCGCUGCUCACGCGCAAGAUUGACGAAUGGACUGCGACACUGAUGCACGACGAAAUCACCGCGUUUGUCACCCGCGAGUCUGCGCCGGAAGAGGGCGGCAACGGCAUGUACAUCCUCUCGUCCUGCGUCAUUCUUUUCCGCAUGGUCAACCAGCAGAUGGACACGGCGGUGCACGCCGGCGAUCCCGAGCUGCUUGUGCGUGUGAUCGACCACUCGUGCACUGUAAUGCGCAACUGCCAGGCGUCCUGGCUCCAGAUCCUCCAGCAAGAGUACAAGAAGCAGACGGCGGCCAAGCGCCCGGAAGAUGUCAAGGGCGGUCUGGUGGAGUACAUUAUUGCGCUCGCCAACGACCAGCUUGCGAGCGCGGACCAGUGUGAGGUGCUUGCUGCGCGCCUCGAGUCGCUGGUCGCGCCGCAGUACAAGGCCCAUGUGCGCGAAAACAUCGACAAUACCCUCAACGGCUUCCUGGACAUUUCCAAGCACUGCAUCCAGCUCCUGGUGGAGAUUGUGCUGUUUGACCUGCGUCCUGCGUUCCGCGAUCUCUUCACGUUCCCCGCGUGGUACGUCGAAGGGACCACGACGACCAUCGUCGAGACGGUGCGCGACUAUGCGAUCGACUACGCGGCGCGCCUCGAGCCGAACCUGUUCGACGUGCUGUCCGACGACCUCGUGACGCGCCUGCUCACCGCUUACCUCACGACGCUGCGCCGCUCGGCGCGUCUGCGUAUGCCCAAGGCCGCUGAGCGCUUUUUGGGCGACGUCACCGAGCUCGGCCAGCUCAUAUCCUCGAUCCGGUCGCACGAAGAGGCGACGCAGCGCACCGAGGUGCUGCACAUGAUCCAUGCGAUCCUCUCGUCGUCGCCUACAAUGGUCUUUUUGCCAUACUGGACCUUUGCCAAGGCCCACGGCCCGAAUCUCGCUUUCCUCGAAGCGCUGCUGCGUGCGCGCGACGACAUGGAAAAGGCCGACGUCGCUUCGCUCAUGGAGAGCGCCAAGCGCAAGGUGAAGCAGGAAGGCAUGCCCGACAUCCCCGAGAGUGGCCCGACGAUCAUGAGCGCCGUGUCGCAGACGCAGUCGGGCGGCCUGCUCAGCGCAUCACUCCUCGGCAACUGGGCCGCGAGCGGCGCCGGAGAAGGCAUUGCGUGGAGCACCCUGGCGCAGAGCGCGCAAAACUACCUCGGCGCGGCCGGAUGGCGGGGCGCGCAAACGUAG